AUGGCUUUAGAAUCAAAAAAAGGAUCUUCAACUACCGAUCCUAUUUGGAGCCAUUGUUCUCGAGUUAACGACAAUAAAAUGAAUUUAAGGUAUGAAAGAGCUCAAGGAGAUCUAAAUUUAGGUGAAAAAAGAAAGAAUAUGAAUGCAUUCAUAACUAAAGAUAAAGGAAUCAAACAACAAACUUUAAAUGCAAUGGUAAAAAAAAAAGAACCCGUAAUUCAAAGUAUUUGUAGAUUUCUAUAUGGACAUGCAUUACCUUUUGUUUUGGUGAAGAGUCCAUUAUUUUCUUCUAUGUUGGAUACAGUUGGUGAAUAUGGUAGAGGGUUAAAACCUCCUAGUUAUCAUGAAGCUAGAGUCACUUAUUUGAAAAAAGAAGUGGAAAGUGUGAAUUCAAUGCUAGAGAAGUAUAAAAAAGAAUGGAAAAAAACAGGUUGUACUUUGAUGUCUGACAGGUGGACUGAUAAAAAAUCUAGAUCUCUCACUAAUUUUUUAGUAAAUAGUCCAAGUGAGACUGUUUUUCUUAAAUCUAUAGACACAUUUGUUGUUAUCAAAGAUGCACAAAAGUUAUUUGAAAUGUUUGAUGGACUAGUGGAGGAAAUUGGACAGGAAAAUGUUGUUCAGGUUGUGACUGAUAGUGCGUCAGCUUAUGUAAAAGCUGGGAACUUAUUGAUGGAAAAGAGAAAGAAAUUAUUUUGGUCUCCUUGUGCGGCUCACUGUAUUGACAAUAUAUUGGAGGAUAUAGGUGAAUUGUUGAUGUUUAAAGAUACAAUAAAUAAACCUAGGGAAGUUUGUGUUUAUAUUUAUAGGCAUGCUUGGGUUCUUAGCAUGUUUAGAAAGUUUUAUGGCAAGAAGGAGUUAAAAAGAGCCGGAGUUACAAGAUUUGCUAUAAGUUUUUUCACAUUGAAGAGUUUUAAGGAAAAUAAACUUCCACUUAGAGCGAUGUUUGCUUUAGAGGACUGGGCAAAGAGUCAGUAUGUUUCCAAGCCAGAAGCAAAAAGGGUGGGCACAAUUAUGUUAUCUGAUGUUCGAUUUUGGAAAUCAGUUAAGUAUUGUCUAAAGUGUGUGAGUUCAAUUGUCAAAGUUUUAAGACUCGUUGAUGGGGAUGCCAAACCGGCUAUGUGGUAUAUUUAUGAAGCAAUGGAUAGGGCAAAGGAGCAAAUUGCAAACAAUUUCAAUUAG